GCCCGGGCCGCCGAGACGGAAGCGAUGAGGAGGCGGGGCUGGGCGUAGCCUGGGAGCGAGACUCGGAGAAGUCCGCGGGGCUGGCGGAAGAUGACUGAAGGCACUGGCCAGGCCGGGCCCGGCAUGGGGACUCCGGCGGUGCUGCCGCUGGACGGGCUUCUGCACGUCUUCUCUUUCCUGGAGCCGCCGGAUCUGCUCCGCGCGGCCCAGGUGGACAAGGUCUGGAAUGAAGCUGCUGAGUCUGCCUUCCUGUGGAGGAGUCUGAGCCUGAGCAGAUGGACUUUUUGUAACAUUUCUCAAUCAAGUAAAGGACCACAGACAUGGAAACAGUACUAUCUCCAACGUUCUCAAGUGGAACACCAAAUGGCCCGUGGGAGGCCCUCACAAGAUUUCACUUGCAAAGCCAUUUCAGGGCAUGAAGGAAAGAUAGAUGGAAUAGCUUACCUCUCAGCUGGUGAACACACGUUUGAUGGGCAGAAGAAGUCAGUGGUGUGCACUGUGUCAACAGACUGUACUGUCCGUGCCUGGAAUGUGCAAGAGGGCACUCAGAUCUGGUCCAGUCCUAUUCAGCGGGCACCACUGAGGAGCAUCUUGACUAUCCCUGAGCGUCAGCUAGUCAUCACCGUGGAUGGGCAAGGGACUGUCAAGGUGUGGGAUGGACAAACUGGGAAGGAGCAGGCUACCUUUGUCACCUCCUCUUCCUGCUGUAAUCUGGUGCUCUGUGAGGGACCAGAAGGCCCCUUCUUGACAGUGGCCAUCACAGAAGGUGUGCUUUAUACCUUAACAGUUCCCUGCUUGAAGGAGGUCUCCCAAGUUACUGCAUUUCAGAACUGUCAUAUAGAUUUGCUACGCUGCUCACAAGACAAGAACUGGAUAUUGGUUGGCUCUACUAAGAAUCCGGAUGUUUUGGUAAAGGUGUUUCACACAGAUUCCUUGAUCAGACCAUCUCAAGAUAAACCUCUUUCUACUUCACUGCCUGUUGGGGGAUGUCGGAAUGCCAGCUGGGCACCCAAAGAAGCAGGCAGGUUAAUUGUGCUGCAUCAAGAUAGAAGAACCAGGAACCUGUCUAUCACCACUUUUGAUAUAACAUCAAAACGAUCCAAGAAUAAAAUGGAAAUUCUGGCACAACAGGUUGCAAGUUUCACGUUGCCAGAAUCCAUCAGAACACCUCAUAUACUGGAAAGCCAUGGUACUGACAUCAUUCUUCUAGGAUGUGGAUCAGAACUGACAAUCUUUUCAAUGACUGGCAACCUGUUGGCAUCCUUUCUAGACCAUCACCAGACAAUCACAUCCAUAUGGGUGGACAGUUUCCGUGUUGUCACCUCCUCCCAGGACAUCUCUCUCCGAGUGUAUACGUGGAAAAGGGAAAAGAACACUGUUGUUCUUAAAAGCUGCUAUCAUUUACUAGGGGGAUCUCACAGGUGGUCCAGUGGAUUCACAGAUGUGGUAUGUGACAAUGUGAGCAUCGUGGCUGUGGAGUCCAGAAAAUGUGGCAUGAACAUUUUAAAAGCUUAUCUCUUCAACCUAUAACAUAUUUACCAGGAAAGUAGUUAUAGUUUUGUCUCUCCAUUCUGCCUUUAGUAAGGAACAUUAAAAAUUAGAAAAAAUCUUGACCAAUAAAUUGGAAAGAAAUCGUCAUAACAUUCAUUUAGACAAAUAUUUGCUUCUGUGCUAUAUCUGAGGCUGUAUGUACAAAGGAUGUAAAGUGCAUAAGAUUUUAUGUUAUGUAAAGAAUUGCAUUUUCUGUUUUCUGUUAGUAGCAUGUAUUACUUAAGCAUGUACCUAUGUGACUGAAUCCUUAGAACUUUUUUUUUUAUUUGAAUCUGUAUAAGUUGGGCAACUUAAAAGUGUGUAAUGUGAUAAAUGUCUUCUGUUUUAAUGGCUAGA